AGUAAAGCCAGGGUUGACUCCGGCUGCUUCUCUCUGCUAACGGGCGGCCAAGCUAACUGCCUGAAGGACCCCAUUCUGUCUCUGGGAGUCAAAGUGCUGAAGGGCAAGCGGCACAGGAAACCUUGGCUGGGCUCCCCGAGAGAAAUGCAACGAUUUCUCUGCGGACUACCAAAAUUUUCUCCCAGACUAUCAGUGGUCCACGAACCACCAGUUGGUGACCACUGUUCUGGGGUUUUUUUUUCCUGUCAAUUUGGUCUAGUCUGCAAAUUCGAUGAGUUCCCCUUCUAUCCUCUUGUCUUAAUCAUUGAUGAAGAUGAAUAGAUCUUGCGAAUCCUCCUGUUCUGUUCUGUUUUUUCCGUGUUCAGGAGAGUCUUGAGUCCUUCGAGGAGGUGGCUGUGUCUUUCUGUGAGGAGGAAUGGUCUCAGCUGGAUCCUGACCAGAAAGCGCUGCAUUCGGAAGUCAUGCUUGAAAACCAUAGGAACGUGGCCUCUCUGGGUAAAAAUGGGCAGGAGAAUCAAGAUUCCUGUGAACUGUUGCAAGUGAUCAAUGCUAAAGAUGGAAGGGAGAAGUUUGGAAUUCAAAUGGAAUUUGAAAGCCAUGAGAGGAACCAGUCAAAGAAUUGGAAUCAGGAAAGCUCAUCUUCCACUGAUGCACGAAUGCAAGACUUUCUUGCCCAACAAGAGAAAAUAAGGGAAAAAUAUACUGGAAAAAGUGUGAACCUAAUCAAAGCUAAAGUACAAGUAAAUGAACAGGAUUUAUUCAUUCUUUCUCUUGGAAAUAACUUCCUUAUAUCUCAAAAAGCUAUUGAUACAAAAGAGAAGCCUAAUAAAUGUUUGGAAUGUGGAAAAUGCUUUAGAACAAGCAGGCAACUUACUUCCCAUGAAAGGGUUCACACUGGGGAGAUGCUUUACAAAUGCAUGGAGUGUGGAAAGACCUUUGCUCGUAACAAUACACUUACUAUCCAUAAAAGGAUUCAUACAGGGGAGAAACCAUAUAAAUGCAUGGAGUGUGGAAAGACCUUUGUUUAUAACAGUAAUCUUGUUUCCCAUAAAAGGACACACUCAGGAGAGAAGCCAUUUAAAUGCAUGGAUUGUGGAAAGACCUUUGCUCGAAGUGGUAAUCUUAUUUCCCAUAAGAUGAUCCAUACGGGAGAGAAGCCAUAUAUAUGCAUGGAGUGUGGAAAGACCUUUGUUGAAAAACGUAGUCUUAUUUCCCACAAAAAGAUCCACUCAGGAGAGAAGCCGUAUAAAUGCAUGGAGUGUGGAAAGAUCUUUACUCGUAGCAGUACACUUACUGUGCAUAAAAGGAUCCACACAGGGGAGAAGCCGUAUAUAUGCAUGGAGUGUGGAAAGACGUUUACUCAGAGCAGUGGUCUUAGAAUCCACAAAAAGAUCCACUCAGGAGAGAAGCCGUAUAAAUGCAUGGAGUGUGGAAAGAUCUUUACUCAUAGCAGUACACUUACUAUGCAUAAAAGAAUCCACACUGGGGAGAAGCCGUAUAAAUGCAUGGAGUGUGGAAAGACCUUUGCUCGAAGUGGUCAACUUAUUUCCCAUAUGAUGAUCCACAUGAGAGAAAGCAUAUAAAUGCAUGGAAUGUGGAAAGAGUUUUGCUCAGAAUGGUCAUCUUCUCAUAAAAGGAUCCACGCUCAGGAGAAACUAUAGCAAUAGCAAUUCCACUUGGACUUAUAUACUCCACAAUGCUUUACCACACUCUCUGAGCAGGUUACAAGGUUGGCAUAUUGUCCCCAGCAAUCUGUGUCCUCAUUUUAACGACCUCAGAAAGAUGAAAGACUGAAUCAACCAUGAGCCGGUCAGGAUUGAACUGGCUGUGGGCAAUUAGCCUGUAGUACUGCAUUCUAACCACUGACCCACCCUGUCUCUAUAGAUUUGUAUGUGUGUGCAUAUUGUGCCUUUCUGAUCCAAAUGAGACAAGGUUGAAUCCAACAAAAUGAAAGUUAAUGUGGAGAAAAGUAAGAUUUUACACCUGGGCAGGAAAAACAGAUUACUUGAAACCUGGCUCAAAAACAGUAAUUGUGAGGGGGACCUUGGGAGUCUGAAUGGAUGAUCACUUAAACAUGAGUCACGUGUGUGUGGCAGCAGCCAAAAAAGCUAAUAUAAUCCAUGAUUGUAUAAACAGAGGCAUAGAAUCAGAAUCAUGUACCGUUUUAUAAAGCCUUAGUAAGACUACACCUGGAAUACUGCAUCCAGUUUUGGUCAUCAUGUCAGUGUAUAAGUGUUCAUUAAUUGGAAUAGACAUGAUAACACGUCAGCCAAUGGGGACUGUUUAGUGACCCAGACAUCUCGGAGCCUGGGCGUGGCUUAGCUUGACUUUGUAUAUAAGAGGUACUUUUGUCCUUGCAAUAUUGCCUCUGUAUGAUAUUGCUUCUAUGAUUAUGACUUCUGGAUUCUGAGUUCUGGUUCUGACUUCUGCUGCAUGGGAAUUGUAUACAUGCAUCAUACUGUAUAUUAUUGUAUAUAAAGAAGUUUCUUGUAUAAAUGAAUCCUGCUGAAUUA